AUGGCCUCCUUACGCUGGCGCUCCAGCGUUUCUCGGAGCAUAGCCUGUGCAAGAUGUCAUCAGCCCACGGUCCUAUGGCGGCGUCUUUGUAGCAGCAAUGCUACUUCUCUAAGAUGGACCAACGUUACCAAUUCUAUUGGGGAAUUCAAUAGAAGGGAAACAAGCGGCUGGGAUGGGCGACCUCAACAGCGCGGUUAUGCAACAGAAGCACCGGCAACGGCAGCAAAGACCAAGAGAGUCUCGCGCUUAGCUUCACUCAAGAGCCAGGCCAACACUGAAGGCAAGGCAGCUGCACCCAAAAAAGUCCGUCGAAUAUUUGGCCAGACUCCAGAUAAACCUAUCAGAGCAAGGUUUGCGCCUUCACCAACUGGCUACCUUCAUCUUGGAUCUCUCCGGACUGCCCUUUUCAAUAAUCUGGUUGCCAUCGCCUCGAACGGAGGCUCCUUUAUCCUUCGCUUAGAGGACACUGACCAAAGCCGUCUUGUAGCAGACGCCGAGGAACGUUUAUACAAGGACCUCAAAUGGCUCGGGUUGUCAUGGAGCGAGGGACCAGAUUGUGGCGGACCUCACGGCCCAUAUAAACAAUCUGAGCGUCUAGAUAUCUACAAGGACCACGUUCAGAAGCUCGUAGACAGCGGCCACGCCUAUCGCUGCUUCUGCAAACCCGAGGAUCUUGAAGCGCAGAAACGCCGUCUACAUGAAGCCGGCAAGCCAACGGUGUACCCCGGCACAUGCCGCUCCAUUUCUGAAUCAGAUUCUCAGCAGCGCGCUGACGCCGGGGAGUCUCACAUCGUCCGGUUCAAGGGCGAUGCCUUUGGCAACGUUUCAGUGCGUGAUGCCAUUUACGGCCCGUUUCAGAAAAAGGAUGUAGAAGAAGACUUUGUCCUAUUGAAGACGGAUGGCUUUCCAACAUAUCACUUAGCCAAUGUGGUGGAUGAUCAUCUCAUGAAGAUCACACACGUCAUUCGUGGAGAGGAAUGGCUCAUUUCCACUCCAAAACACGUUUCUCUAUACAAAGCAUUCGGAUGGGAGCCCCCAACUUUUGCCCACCUCGGCCUACUCAUCAAUGACGACGGCACGAAACUAAGCAAGCGCAACGAUAGUGCCAACAUCUCAACCUACCGAGACCAGGGCUUUUCUCAGAUUCCUCUCAAGAUCUGGCUUGCAGGUCUCGGCUCGUCAUUUUCAUUCGAUCUCACGAAACCUUCCCUGAAAGGCUCACAAUUUCCCCGCACCUUGAAGGAGAUUGCGGAGGCGCUGUCUUAUAAGUUCACAAAAGGAGGCAUCAAACUUCAUACAGGGACCCUCCAACAUUACGAGACCAAGUGGCGUCGAUCCAUCGUAACAGACCCGAGACCCGAAACCGCCACUGAAGAAGAGGCCCUCAUCGAAGAGAAAGUCCUCCUCCCUCUCUGGAAUGAGAUCAAGAGCGUCACGAGCGAUAACACCACGUCCAUAUUCUUCCCCAAACAACCCACCAACUCGAAGCAAGACGAGCAGAAAGAACUCGUCCCAGCCCUCAAAUCAGACCAGACACGCAUCCCCUACCUCCGUCGGCUGUACGCCCACAGCGCCACCAACAACCACACCAUGCUCGAGGGCAUGGAGAAGUUCCUCUCCUCCAACCCCCACUACUUCUGGCGCGUGCCCGAGGAGCUCUACCGGCGCAGCCUGCUGGUCCACGGUUACAGCAAGCCCGUCCUGGAAGCCGUCGACCGGGUCUGCGACGACCCCGACCUCUGGGACACCAGCGAUCCCGCGCUCCUCGGCACCGAGCUCGGCAAGAGAGUCGCGCUGCUGGACCCUAAACUCCCCAGCGAUACCCUCUACCGUAACCAUCGCCUCGUCGCCAGGGGGGAUCCCUCGCUCCCAUCCCACAGCGCGUCCAUCAUGUUCAAUCUGAUCGGCCGCGAGGAGUGGAAGCACCGGAUCACUACUGUCAACAACCUCGUGAAGGAGCUUGAUGAAGGCGGCUCCGAUGUGCGAUUCCUCUGGGCCCAGGAGGCACAGAGACGAGAUCCGGAUUUCGUGGACGAAGUUACCAAGUCCUCACCUACGAAGGCUUAA